GACGUGUCAAGGGUCACGGAAACCGCAGAGGAACAAAAGUGGGGCUUGCUGCAACCAGAGGCAGCUAUGGCAUCUAACAGCCUCUUCAGCACAGUGACACCAUGUCAACAAAACUUCUUCUGGGAUCCCAGCGCCAGUCGGAGGUUCAGUCCGCCGUCCAACAGCCUCCAGCCAGUUCCAGGGAAGAUGAACGAUGUGAGCUCUCCAACCGGACAGCCGGACGCGGUGGCGGCGGUGCCGAGGCUGCGCCCGCACGAAAACCGCAGCAUGGCCGAGAUCAUCGCCGACCAUCCGGCUGAACUGGUCCGGACUGACAGCCCCAACUUUCUCUGCUCGGUCCUGCCCUCCCACUGGCGGUGCAACAAGACGCUCCCGGUCGCUUUUAAGGUAGUGGCCCUGGGGGACAUACCGGAUGGCACUGUUGUCACGGUAAUGGCGGGGAAUGAUGAGAACUACUCUGCCGAGCUGCGGAAUGCCUCAGGUGUGAUGAAGAAUCAGGUGGCACGCUUUAACGACCUUCGCUUCGUGGGCCGCAGCGGUCGAGGCAAGAGCUUCACCCUGACAAUUACAGUAUUCACCAACCCACCACAAGUGGCCACUUACCACCGAGCCAUAAAGGUCACCGUGGAUGGACCACGUGAGCCCAGGAGACAUCGUCAGAAGCUUGAGGACACUCCCAAGACGGGCCUGUUCUCCGAUCGCCUCACUGAACUCGAGAGGAUACGCCAGACCACCAUGAGGGUGACGGUUCCCACUCAAGCCCCACGACCAUCUCUCAACACAGCCACCAAUUCCUUCAACCCACAGGGACAGACGCAGAUAACAGACCCACGUCAGUCCCAGUCGUCUCCUUCCUGGUCGUAUGAACAGACGUACCCGACCUACCUGAGUCCCAUGGCCUCCCCCUCAGUCCACUCAACCACCCCCCUCUCCUCCAGCCGAGCCACGGGCCUUCCCGCCAUCAGUGACGUGCCUAGACGUCUGCCAGGUUCCUCUGACUUGAGUCCAUUCCCUGGUCAGUUUGAACGCCAGUUCCCGGGUCUCUCCUCCUUGACAGAGAGCCGCUUCUCCAGCCCCAGGAUGCAUUACCCAGCCACCUUCACCUACACCCCGCCUGUCACCUCUGCCAUGUCACUGGGCAGCGCCCAUUACCACACCUACCUUCCCCCUCCGUACCCCGGCUCCACACAGAGUCAGAGUGGACCCUUCCAGACCAGUAGCACUCCUUAUCUUUACUACGGGGCCUCGUCAGGCUCCUACCAAUUCUCAAUGGUACCUGGGGGGGAUCGCUCGCCUUCCCGGAUGAUUCCGCCUUGCACUAGCGCAUCCACGGGAACCUCCCUAGUGAAUCCCAACCUGCCCAGCCAGUCAGAGGGAGGAGUGGACGGCGACGGGAGCCACAGUAACUCUCCCACUGUACUCAACCCCGGAGGCCGCAUGGAUGAGGCCGUGUGGCGGCCGUACUGAAGCAAACCGGGGCGGGGUGGAGAUAAGAUUUAAAAAGAUGACACAAUCUGAAAGCACAAACCAUUUUUUUUCCUUUCUUUUUUUUUUUUUUUUUUUUUUUUGAGGUAUCAUCAGCAAAGAAACGUCUCCACCUUAUGCUCGGAAAUUAAGGUUGAGAUUCCAAAAAAAAGACUAGACUUGUAUAGACUUGUCCUCUUGGAAUGUGUUUUGACCAAAUCACUACAAAAGGAGUCAUUCAACAGCAAAAAACCAAGAGACUGAGAGAUGAUUUUUUGCUUUAAUAAGCCGAAACGGACAAGAAAUUCUUUUUUUUAAUUAUAAUCCACAACCUCUUCGUAUUUGUUAAAGACUGCCUCUUUUGUAUAGUGUUUGUAUUACAACAAGGCUUUUUGCAGAGCAUGUUUUUGUACUACAACAAUAUCAAGACGCAAGUUAAGCACUGAGUAGCAAGUGAUGAGAGUAACACAUAUGUUACCGCAAGUGGUAUGAACUUUAAAUUUGCUUUAAACCAAUUAAUUUAACUUGUACAUUGUGGUUGAAAUGAUGUAGGCGUUUUUAGUUUUAACUUAUAAAGCCAUAAAUUAUGUAUUGUAUUUGAAACUUGAGUCAAAGAAGUGUAAUCUGAAUAUUUUUGAUGCAUCUAUAUGACUAACUUAAUGUUUUUAUAGGUAAUUUAAAGAGUGAGAGGUUUUAAUUUGUUUUGUUUUGUUUUGUUUUAACCCAAAGAUUUAAAAGGUUUUUAAAUAUGAAAUGUAAUUUCCAAAGAGUAUUGCAACAUGUUUCUUCUGGUGUAACUUUCAGUUGAACUGUUCCACACAUUAAGAGCCCAACAUCCUCGCUCGGUGUUGACACACAUUUGGCUUGGAAUGAAACCUUUGGUAUUUAUUGAGCAAUAACUUGUAUUGUGCCUCUUGGCGGCAUACCAUGAAAGAGUGGUUCAGUGGAGAAAAUAAUUAUCCACUCGGGAAAUUCUACUCAUUUUCUUUAUGAUUUUUUUUUUAAACAUGCUCACAAAUACAUGUGAGGAGUCGUGUUUGAUAUGAAGCCCGAAGUUGAUUAUGGAGGUGCCACAGCUAAAAGUGUUCUGAGUGCAGGUCAGACUUUAAAGAUGCUUCGUUGCACUGUUUUAUAACACAGACACACAAAAUCUACCCCAAAACAAAAAUUAUUCACCAAACUUCUGAACAAAAAGCCAGAUUGCACAUCGUCUUCUGGUCCCUCACUGAAUAAUCAAGAAUGAACCAGGCCUCUAGCCCCACCCACCACCUCUGUGAUUUGCUUGCUCAUCUUGGGGUUAUGUUUAAUUUAAUUUUCCAACAAGUUGAGAUCCUGAAAUUCAUAUUUCCGUACACUAGAUGUUGCCAAAGAGCAUUGAAUCAAGAUCUUCGGGUUAGUGAAUCAUUUUCUGAUGCAUUGUGUUCAUUAUUUGUUUCAGUCAUUUGAAAACAUUUUCUGAAGCAGUUUGUCUGAAUUGCUUUCUCAUGACUGCAUCAUUUGGUGUUUCAAGUAUUUUGAAACCAUUUCUGGAACACUUAGUUAAUUUUGUGUUUUUGAGCAGUUCAAAAACUGAAUCAUUUUCUAACGUGAAUGAUUCAUUUCCCAUUUCACACAAGUAGUUCUUUUGUAUUUUUGUUUUGAGCACUUCAAAAGUUUCAUCAGCUUCUGAAGUGAUUGGUUCAUUUCAUGUUUUACAUAUUUUGAAACAUUUUCUGAAACAUUUCUUUCAUUUAGUUGUUUUGAGCAGCUCACAAAUAUCUGAAUCACCUUCCGAAAUGAUUGGUUCAUUCGUGUUUCAUGAAUUUUUCCAAAGCAAUUAGUUAAUUUAGUCAUUUUGAGCAGUACAAAAACUGAAUUAUUUUCUGACAUGAUUGGUUCAUUUCAUGUUUCACAUAUUGUGAAACAAUUUACAAAGCAAUUAGUUAAUUUAGUUGUUUUGAGCAGGUCAAAAACUAAAUCACUUUCUGAAGUGAUUGGUUCAUUUGAUGUUUCACAUAUUUUGAAACAUUUUUUUAAGCAAUUAGUUCAUAUUGUUGUUUUGAUCAAUUUAAAAAAAUGUAAUCAUUUUCUGAAGUGAUUGAUUCAUUUCAUGUUUCACACUUUUUGAAACAUUUUCUGAAACAAUUGCUUUAUUUUGUUGUUCUGAGCAGUUCAUAAACUGAAUAAUUUUCAGAAGUGAUUGGUUCAUUUCAUGUUUCACUAGGUGUUUUGAACAGUUAAAAAGUUAAAACUUUUCUGAAGCAAUUGGUUCAAAGUUUUAAAAAUGUAGUUUAUGCUGCCUCAAGAUAUUUGUCUCCAAGCUUCUUCAAAACUGAGAUUUUACACAAGUGCAAACAAGUCUGCCCCCUGCAGGAGAGAUUUGUGAGAAAAGUAUAACCGUUCCGUAUGUCAUGUCACAUGAAAAUGAAGCAUUCCAAGAGAUAUAACCACAAGAUAAACACAUUUCUGUCCUUUUCAUAACCAGUCGGGCUGAACACUGGGCUGGGAUUAAAGGGAAACAUGACGAGUCUGAUGUAGCUUUCAUAUCAUGUUCAAAAGAUGACUUUGAAAAAGUCUGUCUUUGUGUGUGACACACAUGGGUACUUUAUUCUUUUUUGUUAGAUUUUUUUCUGCUUCAUUCUUUGACAUUGAAAAAGAAAACAUCACAGUUAAAGGGGUUGUAUUGACAAAAACAAAAUUAUCUUCCUUUUGCAGAUACACACGGGUUGGGUUUUAUGUUAAACAUCCCCAAAGUCCCACAAUUCUUUGCCUGUGCAUAUCAAAUGUAAUCUGCUAUAAGUAAAAUUUUUGCCUGAAACCGCUUGUUUUACACCAGUGUGACAUAUGUCACAGAAGAUCUGCUUACUGCGUGAGACACACCCGAUCAACAUGUCUAAUGCCGUCCUGUGCAGAAGGGGCAUGGCUAGCAGCUCGUUUCCAUUUAAAGCACCAGGCACAUAAAUAAGAGCAUUUUGUUUUGAUUUAUUUUGUUUUUAGGCUGCAUCAUUUCGCUGCCUAUGGGCAAAAUUUCCCCUGCAAUCUUUUACAUCUGAACGCCACCUGGUUUAUAAUAUGACCCCUUUAAAGAUGCAACUUACUGCAACAUUCCUUCUCAAAUUUUUGUCCAGUUUAUUUUUGUUCCAUGUUCUGCUUUUGUUGUUGGAUAUAUUUGUACCAACGUUGGCGUAACGUCUCUGGCAUGAGAACAAGCAGAGGUCAGAUAUUUCCAAUUUGCAAAAACUUAUUUUUUUAAGAACUUUUUUUUUUUUAAGUAAAGAACUAACUGUGCAAAAGUGAGGUGAUUGGAUGCAGCUGCUGGCAGCAAACUGGAAACCAAAAAAAAAAAAGAAAGAAAGAAAAAGAUGGGAGACAUUUGUAUGUUUGUUUCAUAAAGCACUUAUUUCUUGUUUUAUUUCCAGCAGCACUUGCGGCUCGCUGCCAGCAGGGCUCGUGGUUUUGGUCCUCAGUGCAGAUAUGAUGCUACCGGAGUUGUGCACGUGUACGUGCACACACACAAUGGAUACCACUUGGCUAAACAAAGCAUUUAGAUUGGAGAUGACUCUGAUCUCAUCAGGCAGUUGGUAUUUGUUUGAAAAAAUUCUCUCUCUCUCUCACAUGCAAUAUGAUAUUCAGUGUGAGAAGGUAAUAUAAUAACUUAAUUUUAAAAAGCUGAGAAAAACACAGCUCUGUUCAAGGAUUUGGCUUUUCAUUGAUGCUUUGCACGCAGUGCCUCUGCACAUAUCGCACUAUAUUUCCAAAAGUAAAACCGCUGCACAUGUACUGCAAAAUUGUUUAAUUUUAUUUUUUUUAAUGUAGGAAAUGGCACAAUUUACACAUCGACACAGCACUGACAUCCUCACCUGCUUCCAAAAUAAAAGAUGUUUUUUUUCUCCCCCUUUCAUUUGAUUUUUUUUUUUUAUGUUCCGCUCAAGCUGUCAUCAAAGAUGCUGUACUUGUAUUAUUUAAUGAUCAACAUGUAUGAUAAUCAGGAAUCUUACUUCUUAUGUAAAUCUUUUCUCCUUUUCUUUAUUGUUAUGCUUCUUCUCUCACGUCAGGAAUUUUAAACUAAUGGAGAUUCCGUUAGUGUUUGCUGGUAUGUUUCAUGAGGAAUUUUUUUUUUUAAGGGAUAAGCCUGACAACAGUGAGUGAAAUUGGCAUUGUGAUUGUACAUUUUUGUUUAAAAAUAAAAUAAGAAUUUUGUUACUU